AUGGCAUCAAUGGAAGACAUGAACAUGAGUUCUGAAGAAAUUACACUUCCUGGAUUCCGAUUUCAUCCUACAGAAGAAGAACUUCUUGAUUUCUAUCUUAAGAAUAUGGUUGUUGGCAAGAAACUUCGGUACGAUGUCAUUGGUUUUCUCAACAUCUAUCACCAUGAUCCUUGCGACUUGCCAGGUUUGUCAAAGGUUGGGGAAAGGGAAUGGUAUUUCUUUGUGCCAAGGGACAAAAAACAUGGCAGUGGAGGAAGGCCUAACCGCACAACUGAAAAAGGGUUCUGGAAAGCAACUGGUUCGGACCGGAAAAUCGUGACGUUAUCGGACCCGAAGCGGAUCAUCGGGUUGAGGAAGACUUUGGUUUUCUACAAGGGAAGAGCUCCACGAGGAACCAAGACUGAUUGGGUCAUGAAUGAGUAUCGUUUACCUGACAAUAGCCCCUUGCCUAAGGACAUAGUGUUGUGCAAGAUAUAUAGAAAGGCAACUUCGUUGAAAGUGCUUGAACAAAGAGCAGCAGAAGAAGAAGAGAUGAAACAAAUGGUGGUUGGUUCUCCUACAUCCCCACCUUCUUCUACGGACACGAUCUCCUUUAACUACACACAAGACCAACACGUGUCUCUACCGAUGAUGUUCCAACAAGUUAUUCCUAAGAAAGAAUCUCAACAUGAAACAGAAUCUCAAACAAAAACUCAUGACAUGGUUUCUCAGGCGAUCAUAACAGAGAAACCAUGUCAUGAAAAAACAAUGACUCAGAUAAAAGAUAAUAGCAAAAAGGCUUGCGGAACAUCCUUGCAAGGGAAAGACAAUGUUCCUGAGUUACAGUUACCGAUUGUAACGGAUUGGACUCAAGAUACCUUUUGGACUCAGCUUAACAGUCCUUGGCUACAAAACUGGACUGCUUACUCCAACAUCCUCAAUUUCUAG